AUGGCUCACCUUUUCCUCACAAAUGCUCUCCUCGUACUUUUUACUUUAGUCAUUGCCUGUGAAGCUUACUAUGAUUUUCCAGAACAGCGUAGUAACUACGAUGCAUUGGAAGCGCCAACUACAGAUUUGAACGCUCUUUGGAAGCGCCGAAGAGGAGGCAGUGGUUCAGAUAAUGAUGACUCUUCCUCCACGAGCUCCUCAGAGGACUACAGCAGCGGCGACAACGACUGCUGUACCUGCUGGCGGAGGGAAACCUAUACACGGGAAGCGCAUAAUUCUGACAGUUACCUGAGCCACUACCCUAUUGGCAACGGCGCUUUGGACAGUACCGAUGGUGGUUACACACCCGAUGGCUCUGGUUCCGCUCCAACGUGGGACAAUAGCACAGGAGCCUGGGUAAGUCUCUGGGCCUACGAGGUAAAUGCCAUCGACUACGACCAAAAUCACCUGAGCUACUCUGGCGGUGCGUCCGUGCCAUAUCUGUCUGGGCAGACGUCUCCAAACGGCCUAGGACCUAUUCCUUUUUUCGACAUGCAUACAAUAGUGGGGACGUGGGUACCUGAGGACGACGAGUGCGCCAUUCCAAACUCCACAUACGCGUACAGAUACCAGGUCCGCUACACUUGGGCGGAACCAAGCGACGACACAGAAAAUUGGGGACAGAAUGUCACUAUUACUGCCCCUGUAUACUGCUGCUGUGCACUGGAAUCGCUCUGCGGCUGCGACGAUUUCCACGAAAAUCGAAGCUUUGUUCCGGCGCUGAUUGACACCUAUCUUCGCCAUGAUGAGAAGACGGCACCGCGCAAUCGGAGCUCACUGUGCGUCAUUGAUAGGGAAGGCGAGACUACCUUAUUGGUGGAUGGAACUCUGAAGAAUGGUUCAACGAAGGCCACUCGUAACGCGAGUUAUCCCAUUCAAACCUUGACCACAAUGACUUCGGAGUACUGCUCUCCUACUGAGGGUCUCUAUUCUCGGGCUACAAAGAGACAGACCUCUGUACCUUCGAGCACAGCGAUCCUUGUCGGCUGGACUACAGUGAGCGCACUUGGCUUCAUACUGGGGGGUUGUAUUGUCAUCUUGUGA